AUGGCUGAACUCAAGGCAAACCUUGGUCCGUAUCGGCUCAAAGUCGCUCUCGAGGCUGACCGUCAAGGCGCAAACUGCUUUGUCCUCGACGUCGGUCAUGACGAGGAUGGCAACCAAGUCGCAUCACUGGACCACGUCAACGAGAUUGUCUACAAGUACAUCUCGAACAUUGAAAACCUGUAUCAGCCCACGACCAAGCUCUAUGUCGUCGGCGACUGGAACGUGACUCCCAAGGAGGAGCGCCCCGAGACUGAGGGUCUGAACCAUCCUAUGGACAAGCUUCGUGUUAAGAGCAGGGCGGAGCAAGAGUGGUAUGAGGCCAGCAAGAAGAUUGCCAAGCUCGUUGAUCACAUGCCUGGACUGAAGGAAUUGACGUGGAUGGCAGGCCUACCUUUCAUGAGCAUGAUGUGGGAGACGCUCUCGACAUCGCUCACGAAGCUCAUCAUCGACCUCGGCCAGCCAGUGCGCGUCGAGCAGGAUGGCGACAUCGAGUACAAGUCGUACAUUACGCAGAGCAAGAUGAAGCCUCUUGUCCAGCAGACGCAGCUUAAGGAGCUCCGGCUGUUCCGCAUGCACGAUUCCAUGCAGCCCGUCAUCUGGGAGGCUAUCUUUAGGAACGUAGCUGAGAGCGGCGUGCGUGUUGCAGACUUGCAGAUGGCUGCUGAGCCCAUUGUGCGCGCGAACCACUGGCACAAGGCGGAGAAUGUGGUCGGCUUGACUGUUCCCAAGCAGGAUUCCAAAGAGCAGGAGUACAAGGGUAUUGAAGGAAAGGGUGUUUUGCACCACUCCUUCGGUACUGGCGAAUAUCUCGACGCUUUUUGCAUGCGCAAGGCGCGUAUUGCAGCGGGCUUGGACGAGCUGAAGCCACUACCUCUCUGGUGCCUUAAGCUCGACGGCUUUGUGGUCGACUACCUCCCCUUUGAGCACGAGCUUUCUCGUAUUGCUCUGCUGACCUGCGGCAACGACUGCAUUGAUAGCGGUCUGCGCGCUCCCAAGACCCCGUGUACUCCGCACAAUCGAUGGGGUAAGAUUGUCAACAAUGCGCCUUCGCACUGUCUGAUCCAGUGGCCCAACUGGACGGGUGUGUUUGAUGACCACGGUCACCAGCGCGACAACCACGGCGCUGUCGUCUCGCAGGAGACUGGCCUCUCGACUCCGGCUAAUGAGCUGCCAUCCCCAUCGCCGGCGCCCUUGACCAAGGAGUUUCUCCACCUGAAGGAUCUGGGAGAUGCUCUCGACGAAGCAGACAAGAACGGUGGAUGCUCUGCAGCUUUGCCCGAGGUUGUUACAGAGGCAGCAGCUACUACACCGACGACUAUGGCUUCUGAUGUGUCCAUCUGCGGCUCCGAGGAGCCUACGCCCUCUGUGGGAACGGCGGGUCGCAGCUCCCCCAAGCUCUCUCUGCUCGAUGGGUCUGCAAGCUCGGGUACCAUCUCGCCCAUGAUCCGAAGCCAGAUUCUGGGUGACGAGGGCAUGAUGGAGUCGAUGAUUUCUACUGACAGCAGCUUCGACCACGUGAGCCCUCGGGAUGUUGAGGCAGGCUCGUAUGUUGCAGCGCAUGACUAUGACGGCACGGCGUCUGACAGUAAGAGCGAGUCCAAGACGGGCAUCUUCAAGCAUAAGGUAAGGCGAUCUUUGGAGUGGUUGUCUGGUUCUCGUUCUGGUUCUGGCGAGGCGUUUUAA